CAGCAGUAUUACAAUUAUUACUGUCUACCGCAGAAGGAAAACGCAUAUCUUCUACAGCCAUUGUAGCAGAGCGCUGAACUCGCAACCGACCCGGUUACACGAUAUCCUGUUGCUUCGUUGAGAGUGAUAAUGCCAGUUUCUGACAUGAACAAUUCUAGACUUUCAAAAUUCAAAUUCCAAGGAAAAAGUGAUGAAGCCAGAAGAAGGAGGACUGAAAUAUCAGUUGAACUGAGAAAAGCUAACAAAGAUGAUCAAUUAUCAAAGCGGCGCAACAUCAAUAUUGAUGAUGAGCCUCUCAGCCCACCACCUGGUGAAAAAUCACCUCCUUUUGAUAUGUCCAUUGAUGAAAUUAUCGCAGGAAUGACAUCAGGUGAUGAAGUAACUAAACUGCAAGCAACUCAAGCUUGUCGUAAAAUGCUUAGCAGAGAAAGAAACCCACCAAUCAAUGAUCUUAUUGAGAAAGGAGUUGUUCCUCUUUGUAUAGAAUUUUUAGGACAUCAUGACAGUCCACUUUUACAGUUUGAGGCUUGCUGGGCCCUAACUAAUGUUGCAUCUGGCACUUCAGAACAAACACAAGUAGUAGUCAAACAUGGUGCAAUUCCCAAGUUGGUUGCCCUAUUGAAAUCAUCUGCCAUAAAUGUGGCAGAACAAGCAGUUUGGGCUUUAGGUAACAUUGCUGGCGAUGGACCUAUUCCCAGAGAUUUAGUUCUCAAUGAAGGAGCUUUAACAAUGUUGAUACAACUUCUUACUCCUGAAACUCCAUUGUCAUUUAUUCGCAAUAUUGUUUGGACAAUGUCAAACUGCUGCAGAAAUAAAAACCCACCUCCUCCCUUUGAAAUCGUCAGCAGAGCUCUUCCAAUCUUGAAUAGAAUUUUGACAUACAACGAUAAAGAUGUUCUUGGCGACGCAUGUUGGACACUGUCAUACUUGACAGAUGGAUCAAAUGAUAAAAUACAAACAGUAUUAGAUUCUGGUAUUGUACCCAAGUUGGUUGCACUUUUAGGUCACGGAGAAGUGACAGUUCUUACUCCUGCUUUGAGAGCAGUUGGAAACAUUGUAACUGGAAAUGAUUCACAAACUGAUGCAAUCAUUAGUGCAGGUGCUUUAAGGUACUUUAUUCCCUUAUUGCGACACAAAAGACUUAAUAUUGUCAAAGAGGCAGCUUGGACAAUUAGCAAUAUCACUGCUGGUAAUGCUGCACAAAUUCAACAAGUCAUUGACGCUGGGUUGUUGCCACCUUUGAUAGAAGUUCUUCAAACGGGAGAUUUCAAAUCUCAAAAAGAAGCAGCUUGGGCCAUAACUAAUUUAACAUCCGGUGGUAAUGUUCAACAACUUGCAACUCUUGUACAAAAUGGAGUGCUCAUUCCAUUCUGCAAUCUUCUUGAUGCUAAAGAUUUCAAGUGUGUUCUUGUAAUUCUCGAUGGACUCACUAACAUACUGAACACAGCGAUGAAAAUGGGUGAACUUGAAAACAUUAGUAUAAUAAUAGAAGAAGUAGGAGGUCUAGAUAAAAUAGAAACUCUUCAAUCGCAUGCAAAUGAACAAGUUUACUUGAAAGCUUCAGCUAUGAUUGAUUCAUUCUUUUCAGAGAAGGAGGAACCCGAUAUGCCUUCCCCGUCUACUGAAAAUGGUCAACUACAAUUCCAAGCUACAACAUCAAAUCCACAAGAGUUUAAAUUCUAAUUAAUUCUAAUUUAAUUUAUACUUAUUUAGCUUACUUGUAAAUAAUGUGGUUUUACUCAAGUUCGAAUAUUUUUAUAGUUAGUGGUUGCAUAGAUUAUCCAUCUAUCAGUUUUUUUUUGCAAGCCUACUAAAUUUUUUAUUUAUAUCUUUUGGUCAGUAUACUCUGUAUAACAAACGGAAUACCCGUGCCAAAUUCUUUAUUGAAUAUUGUUAUUAUCACAAACAUUAUUAUAACAAUAAACAGUGUAACUAUUUGAAUAAUGUUCGUCUAUUUUUACACAAUAAAAUAAAAUACAAACUGAA